AGACAAAAAUAACAGAAAUAAGCUGAACUUUUGAUUGGAUUUAUAAAUGUACUUGUAACCAAAACAUUUUUGUUGUGUAACACUAGAAAACACUGGUUCGUCUUGAACAGCACUCAGCUCAUUAUAAUAAAUGCUUUCGUCACUUCGUUUAAGGCGCGAAUUCCUUCCAACUAUCGCACCGAUAACGUUACUUUACCUGGGAGUCUUGUCCUCUUUGGAUAAUUAAGUACACUAGUUCUUUCUGCAGCUCACCGCCAAAGUGUUUGCAACAAGAAUGAUUGGACAGAAAACGAUUAACUCAUUUUUUUCGCCGGUGUCGAAAAAGAGAGUUUCCAAGGAGGUAAAUGAAUCCGAGGAGGAUACUAAAGAGCAGAAGAAGCAGAAGUGCGCCGUGGCGGCGCCAGAGCCGGAAUGCCCGCCUCCUGGUCCUCUGUCCCCGGAGCAGCUGGACAGGAUCGCCCGUAACAAGAGAGCGGCGCUGGAGAGACUGGCUUCCGCUCAGACUCCUCCGGGGUUCGGGGAGAGCUGGAGGAAGGAGCUGGCUGCUGAGUUUGUAAAGCCCUACUUCAAACAGCUGAUGCAUUUUGUUUGUGAAGAGAGGAAACGCUACACAGUUUACCCACCUGUUGAACAAGUGUUCACCUGGACCCAGAUGUGCGGCAUCACAGAUGUCAAAGUGGUCAUUCUAGGUCAAGAUCCGUAUCAUGGUCCCGAUCAAGCUCACGGAUUGUGCUUCAGUGUGAAAAGACCAGUUCCUCCUCCUCCGAGUUUGGAGAACAUGUACAAAGAGCUGACCUCAGACAUCGAAGGUUUUGAGCACCCAGGUCACGGAGACCUGACUGGAUGGGCCAAACAAGGUGUGCUGUUGCUCAACGCUGUGCUGACUGUCAGAGCACACCAAGCCAACUCCCACAAAGACAAAGGCUGGGAGGCCUUCACUGACGCUGUGGUGCAGUGGCUCAGCACCAAUCUGGAGGGUGUCGUGUUCAUGCUGUGGGGAGCAUAUGCCCAGAAAAAAGGGGCUUCCAUUAACCGAAAACGCCACCAUGUCCUGCAGGCUGUGCAUCCUUCUCCCCUGUCUGCUCAUCGAGGAUUUUUUGGAUGUAGGCAUUUCUCAAAGGCCAACGAGCUACUACAGAAAAACGGAAAGUCUCCAAUAGACUGGAAGGCUCUUUAACUUCUGUCUAUGUUAGCUUUUCUUAUGCACAAGUUAAUUAACUACAGACCAAACCCAUCUAUAAGCUUUUUAGUUCCUCUUUCAGCAAAUGUUUAUUUCAUGUUUCAUGUUUUUAUGAAACAAUUUAUGUCAGCAGAUUGUUCUGUUUUUACAGCCUUUUUCUUUAAACUCACAGCUGUAAUGUUUGUUUAGCUCAUUUCCUAUAUCUGGUUUCCCUUUUGUAAAUAUUUGUAUACUCUUUCUGCUCUUUAGGUAUGCACAUUAAAGUUUCCAUUCUUUGUAUUGUAA